GCCACGGAUGUCCCCAACGCAGACAGGCAAUCAAGAUAUUAAUAUGUUUGGUCGCACUGACCUUUGUGACCUGUUCGGCAACAUUCCGAGCGGACCCGCCCUACAAAUGACGGGUAAUACAGGCUGAGAUCAGACAAGUGGCAGCGUUGUAACAUGGGCUAGCUCUGUGGAUAACACGGCGUCGACAAUUAUUAGCCAGUCCACUGUCGAAAACAAGCCAGUUGUAGAUGCAUCUGUCAUUCUCGGAGGGCAGUUGGAAAAUGCUCGGCUACCGUGUCUUGGGGUGCGGUAGGAAACCCCAGUGAUAUUAGCAAACCCUUCUCUCUCUCUGCCAUUUCUCAUUUCGCGGUCAGUUCCCGUAACAAUCAACAUCAAGUGCGAAAAUGCGCAAUUAAGUCCUCUUCAAGACCACGUCGACAUCUCUACCGGGAUCCAUUUCUGACUCAUUAAAUCGGGAACGAUUAUCCGUGAGUAUACAUGAGUCAAACACGGUAACACUCUGGUAUCGAUGCCCUCUAAAAGAGCGCGGGACCCCCACGGCGCUGGUUCGCGGACAAGGCCGCGCGCGAGGACCAGAGCAGUCAGCUUUUCCGACACGACCGCCGUCCAAUUUCCGGACGGCUCUACGACCCAGGAACCCACCCACCGCCUAAUUACCUCUGACGGCGCUGCGGCGCAGAUGCAAUCCGCGCAGGAUCAGGCCCAGGAGGAGCAGCAGCACCAGCCAGCUAGCAUGUCGGCCGCCGGUAGCCUACCUGGAGGCCCACCACAGAACCCUCCGCCUCCGGCGACAGGCGCCCCGGCUGGAGGAGAGGACGAUGAUGGCAAUCCCGGUAACCCCGACCCUACCACACCUUCUGAUAAUGCAACAUCAGUACCUGCGCCUCCGCCUCCAGCUGGACCUGGCGCGGCGGCUGCGGCGGCUGCGGCGGCUGGCCGAGGCCCGCAGCUGUACUACGUUUCUAGCGGAGGAUUGCCCCCAGGCAGCCGGGACGGAUUCGUCUUGAACACGCCAAACGGGCCCGUCCUUUGGGUAAAUCCGGCUGUCGCGGGGCCCCAGCAGCCUCCGCUGUCGACGCCGCCGGUUAACACCAGCCUGUGGUUCAACUCCAACCGAUCGGCGCCGUUCUUCCUUCCCGGAUCACCCCAGAUCAUGAACCCGCCUAUGCCCCCUCCGCCGUACCCACCCGGCACGUUUGGCUCCCCGGUUCCCGGCCCCCCUGCACCCCCCGGCUCUGCUGCUCCGCCUGCGGCCGGCCCCGUCGCUUAUGUUGUCAGCGGCACGUCACCGCACGGCCAGCAGGUCCUUCACUUUCCGAAUGGCACGACAGCGCCCUAUUACUACUUCUUGUGAGGCGGCAGCAGGGAUGCGUAUGCCUACAGCGUCCACGUUCUGCAAUCGGGACCACGGUGAUCGACGGGCGUCGCUACUCUAUGAGAGGCGAGUCGUGACGGAUACACUUGCAUGGACAUACAAGAUGAGAUCUGAUAAAGCAUGGAGGAUAGUUGAACUUAGCUAUAGCUAUUCGGCUUACUUAAUGUUACAGCACCCUGGGAUAUGAGUAACGAGGGACAGCAUCCCCACUUUAAUGGAGUAGAAACUAUGAGUAGAGUCUAGAUAGAUAGGACAAUAUUAAUUCG